CAGCACGGAGCGGCCCGGGACACCCGGAAGGGCCCCGCCUCCGGCCGCGGCCCCGCCCCGCCGGGCAGCCCAGAACCGGGCGGCGGCGGCGGGGACUGUGCGCGGCGGCGGCGGGACGCGCGGGGACCAUGGCGGCCGCCGAGCGCCGAGCCUUCGCGCACAAGAUCAACAGCCUGGAUUUCCCUUGCAUAGAAUGGAUUUAUUGGCCCCACAGCCAGAGUUCUCAGGGCCCCGCUGGCCAAGCUUUCCUGUUCCCAGGGCCCCUUUCCUGUCCCCGCAGGACAGUGGCAGCCGAAGUGCGGAAGCAGGUGUCCCGGGAACGGAGUGGCUCCCCCCACUCCAGCAGGCGCUGCAGCAGCUCCCUGGGGGUCCCAUUGACUGAAGUCAUCGAGCCCCUGGACUUUGAGGAUGUGCUCCUGAGCCGGCCACCAGAUGCCGAACCUGGGCCCCUCCGGGACCUGGUUGAGUUUCCAGCGGACGACCUGGAGUUGCUGCUGCACAGCCGAGAGUGCCGGACCACAGAGCCCGCGGUCCCCGAGGAUGGAAAGCUGGAUGCCCAGGUGAGGGCCGCAGUGGAGAUGUACACAGAGGACUGGAUCAUUGCCCACAGGAGGUACCAGCAUCUGAGCGUGGCGUACAGCCCCAUCACCACAGAGACACAGCGAGAGCGGCAGAAGGGCCUCACCCAACAGGUCUUCGAGCAGGGUGCUUCUGGGGACGACCGUUCAGGCCCGGAGGACUCGGACGACCCCCGGCACUCCUCAGGCUCCCUAGAUGACACCCCACGGAGCAGUGGUGCCUCUGGCAUCUUCGACCUGAGGAACUUGGCAGCUGACUCACUGCUGCCCUCGCUGCUGGAGCGCGCGGCCCCCGAGGAUGUGGACCGGCGCAAUGAGGCCCUGCGGCGGCAGCACCGGGCCCGCGCCCUGCUCACCCUCUACCCGGCGCCCGAUGAGGAUGAGGCUGUGGAACGCUGCAGCCGCCCGGAGCCACCCCGUGAGCACUUUGGACGGAGAAUCCUGGUCAAGUGUCUGUCACUGAAGUUUGAGAUCGAAAUUGAACCCAUCUUUGGCAUCUUGGCUCUGUACGAUGUGCGGGAGAAGAAGAAGAUCUCAGAGAACUUCUACUUCGACCUGAACUCAGAUUCCAUGAAGGGGUUACUGCGGGCCCACAGCACCCACCCCGCCAUCUCCACCCUGGCCCGCUCUGCCAUCUUCUCUGUGACCUACCCCUCGCCUGACAUCUUCCUGGUCAUCAAGCUGGAAAAGGUGCUGCAGCAGGGGGACAUCAGUGAGUGCUGUGAGCCCUACAUGGUGAUGAAGGAGGUGGACACAGCCAAGAACAAAGAGAAGCUGGAGAAGCUGCGCCUGGCGGCCGAGCAGUUCUGCACCCGCCUGGGCCGCUACCGCAUGCCCUUCGCCUGGACGGCGGUGCACUUGGCCAACAUCGUGAGCAGCGCGGGGCAGCCCGACCGCGACUCGGACUCGGAGGGCGAGCGUCGACCUGCCUGGACUGAGCGCCGCCGUCGGGGGCCCCAGGAUAGGAUGAGUUGUGGGGACGACGCUUGCAGCUUCUCUGGCUUCCGCCCAGCCACCCUAACUGUCACCAACUUCUUUAAGCAGGAGGCCGAGAGGCUCAGUGACGAGGACCUCUUCAAGUUCCUGGCUGACAUGCGACGCCCGUCAUCUUUACUGCGGCGCCUACGACCUGUCACCGCCCAGCUCAAGAUCGACAUCUCCCCGGCCCCCGAGAAUCCCCACUUCUGCCUCUCUCCGGAGUUGCUUCAUGUCAAGCCCUACCCAGACCCCAGAGGCCGUCCCACCAAGGAGAUCCUGGAGUUCCCAGCCCGGGAGGUGUACACCCCACACACCAGCUACAGGAACCUGCUGUACGUGUACCCACACUGCCUCAACUUCAGCAGCCGCCAGGGCUCCGUGCGCAACCUCGCCGUGCGAGUGCAGUAUAUGGCGGGCGAGGACCCUGGCCAGGCGCUGCCGGUCAUCUUUGGAAAGUCUAGCUGCAGUGAAUUCACCCGAGAGGCCUUCACCCCAGUGGUCUAUCAUAACAAGUCGCCCGAGUUCUACGAGGAGUUCAAACUGCGUCUUCCCGCCUGCGUGACCGAGAACCACCACCUGCUGUUCACCUUCUACCACGUCAGCUGCCAGCCCCGGCCAGGCGCAGCCCUGGAGACUCCUGUGGGCUUUACUUGGAUCCCCCUGCUGCAGCACGGCCGCCUGAGGACAGGCCCCUUGUGCCUCCCGGUGUCCGUGGACCAGCCCCCGCCCAGCUACUCCGUGCUCACACCUGACGUGGCGCUGCCGGGCAUGCGCUGGGUGGACGGCCACAAGGGCGUGUUCAGUGUGGAGCUCACGGCUGUGUCCUCUGUGCACCCCCAGGACCCCCACUUGGACAAGUUCUUCACUCUGGUGCAUGUCCUGGAGGAGGGGGCCUUCCCGCUCCGGCUCAAGGACACCGUGCUGAGCGAGGGUGCCGUGGAGCAGGAGUUGCGGGCCAGCCUGGCGGCACUGCGCCUUGCCAGCCCCGAGCCCCUGGUUGCCUUCUCGCACCACGUGCUGGACAAGCUUGCACGCCUGGUCACACGGCCCCCGGUCAUCGGUGGCCAGAUUGUGAACCUAGGUCGUGGGGCCUUUGAAGCAAUGGCCCAUGUAGUCAGCCUCGUCCACCGAAGCCUGGAAGCUGCCCAGGACACCCGUGGUCACUGCCCGCUGCUGGCUGCCUAUGUCUACUACGCCUUCCGACUGCCCGGCACUGAGCCCAGCUUCCCAGGCAGGGCCCCUCCAGUGACGGUGCAGCCUGCCACGCUGGCCCGUGGCCCUGGCCGCCCCGCAAGCCUCUACCUGGCCCGUUCUAAGAGCAUCAGCAGCAGUAACCCUGACCUGGCGGUGGCCCCUGGCUCUGUGGACGACGAGGUCUCCCGCAUCCUGGCCAGCAAGGGCAUCGACCGCUCACACUCCUGGGUGAAUUCUGCUUAUGCUCCAGGAGGCAGCAAGGCUGUGCUGCGACGGGCACCCCCUUAUUGUGGGGCUGACCCCAGACAGGCCAUCGACCGCAGCACUAGCCGAGCCUCCUCCUACCUCGAGGGUGCCUCCUCGGCCCCACCAACUACCCAGCCGAGACCCACUGUGCAGAAGCUGCUUCACGAGGAGCUGGCUCUGCAGUGGGUGGUCAGCGGCAGCGCCGUGCGCGAGGCCGUCCUGCAGCACGCCUGGUUCUUCUUCCAGCUCAUGGUGAAGAGCAUGGCCCUGCACCUGCUCCUGGGCCAGCGGCUGGACACGCCCCGCAAGCUCCGCUUCCCCGGACGCUUCCUGGACGACAUCACGGCCCUGGUGGGCUCUGUGGGCCUGGAAGUCAUCACCCGGGUCCACAAGGACACGGAGCUGGCCGAGCGCCUCAACGCCAGUCUGGCCUUCUUCCUCGGUGAUCUGCUGUCCCUGGCGGACCGCGGCUUUGUUUUCAGCCUGGUCCGGGCCCACUACAAGCAGGUGGCCACGCGGCUGCAGUCUGCCCCCAACCCGGCGGCGCUGCUCCUCCUGCGCGUGGACUUCACGCGCAUCCUGUGCAGCCACGAGCACUACGUGACCCUCAACCUCCCCUGCUGCCCUGUGUCGCCUCCGGCCUCGCCCUCACCCUCCGUAUCCUCCACCACCUCCCAGAGCUCCACAUUCUCCAGCCAGGCCCCAGACCCCAAGGUGACCAGCAUGUUCGAGCUGAGUGGGCCGUUCCGGCAGCAGCACUUCCUGGCUGGACUCUUGCUGACAGAACUGGCACUGGCUCUGGAACCGGAGGCCGAGGGGGCAUCUCUGCUGCACAAGAAGGCCAUCAGUGCUGUGCACAGUCUACUCUGUGGCCAUGACGCUGACCCCCGCUAUGCUGAGGCCACCGUCAAGGCCCGUGUGGCCGAGCUCUACCUGCCGCUGCUGUCACUUGCACGGGACACAUUGCCAAGACUGCAUGACUUUGCUGAGGGCCCAGGUCAACGGUCAAGACUGGCCUCAAUGCUUGACUCAGACACAGAAGGGGAAGGGGAUGUCGGAAGCACCAUCAACCCCUCAGUGGCCAUGGCCAUCGCUGGUGGCCCCCUGGCCCCUGGCUCCCGGACCAGCAUCUCCCAAGGACCGGUGACAGCUUCUCGCUCAGGCUGUCCCCUCUCUGCUGAAUCCAGCCGGACCUUGCUGGUAUGUGUGCUGUGGGUUUUGAAGAACGCCGAGCCAGCCCUCCUGCAGCGCUGGGCUGCUGACCUGGCCCUCCCUCAGCUGGGUCGGCUCCUGGACAUGCUGUACCUCUGCCUGGCUGCCUUUGAGUACAAGGGGAAAAAGGCCUUUGAACGCAUCAACAGCCUUACAUUCAAGAAGUCACUGGACAUGAAGGCUCGCCUGGAGGAGGCCAUCUUGGGCACCAUUGGGGCACGGCAGGAGAUGGUCCGACGGAGCCGAGAGCGGAGCCCCUUUGGGAACCAGGAGAACGUACGCUGGCGGAAGAGCGUCACGCACUGGAAACAAACCUCAGACCGUGUGGACAAGACCAAGGACGAAAUGGAACAUGAGGCCUUGGUGGAUGGGAACCUGGCAACUGAGGCGAGCCUGGUGGUUCUGGACACACUGGAGAUCAUCGUGCAGACAGUGAUGCUGUCAGAGGCCCGGGAGAGCAUCUUGGGUGCAGUACUGAAGGUCGUAUUGUACAGUUUAGGCAGUGCCCAGAGCACUGCCUUUUUGCAGCAUGGCCUGGCCACACAACGGGCCCUGGUGUCCAAGUUCCCAGAGCUGCUGUUCGAGGAGGACACGGAGCUGUGUGCUGACCUCUGCCUGAGGCUCCUGCGACACUGUGGCAGCCGAAUCAGCGCCAUCCGCACACACGCCAGUGCCUCGCUCUACCUUCUUAUGCGCCAGAAUUUCGAGAUUGGCAAUAACUUUGCCCGUGUGAAGAUGCAGGUGACCAUGUCACUUUCAUCCCUGGUGGGCACGACACAGAACUUCAGCGAAGAGCACCUGCGACGUUCACUCAAGACCAUCCUUACCUACGCCGAGGAGGACGUGGGGUUGCGGGACAGCACCUUUGCCGAGCAGGUCCAGGACCUGAUGUUCAACUUGCACAUGAUCCUGACGGACACAGUGAAGAUGAAGGAGCAUCAGGAGGACCCUGAGAUGCUCAUUGACCUCAUGUACAGGAUUGCCCGGGGCUACCAGGGCUCCCCAGACCUGCGCCUGACAUGGCUGCAGAACAUGGCGGGGAAGCACGCGGAGCUGGGCAACCACGCGGAGGCCGCCCAGUGCAUGGUGCACGCGGCUGCUCUGGUGGCCGAGUACCUUGCUCUGCUCGAGGACAGCCGCUACCUGCCCGUGGGCUGUGUUUCCUUCCAGAACAUCUCAUCUAACGUGCUGGAGGAAUCCGCCAUCUCCGAUGACAUCCUGUCACCUGAUGAGGAGGGCUUCUGCUCCGGAAAGCACUUCACGGAGCUGGGGCUGGUAGGGCUGCUGGAACAGGCGGCCUCCUACUUCACCAUGGAAGGGGAUUCUCGGAGAGGGAGAAUCAGGACCUUCACAAGCACCUGCUACCUGCCUUUCUCCCCAUAAAAUCCAUAACACAUGGCCUGGAUAUAGUAAGCUUUCAAUACUUUUAGCUACUAUUCACAUUUUUUAUUAUCGAAAAUUUCAAGCACAUGUCAAAGAAGAAAGUUGUGUCAUCCUCCCCUUCCCCAUGCCCGGCACUCACAUCAGCCGCCAGCUGUAUUUACCAUCCUGUUUCAUCUCUUCUUGGCCUCUACUUUUUUUGUUUCUUGUUUUUGCAGGAGUUUGUUUUUGUUUUUGUUUUUCUUGACCCAUGAAAAGACAUGGUCCCAGUUUUCACAAAUGGAUGAAACUGAUUGUGACCAUUUGGCUGGGAUUUUCUGAAACCUUGAUUACUCGGUAUAGUGUAAGAAUCAUGAACAUGGGUACCACGGCGGGGUGGGGGCUUGUGAGAAAUGCAGAGUCCUAGGUCUUCACGUCCUCUGAACCUUUCAUUUCAACAAGAUCUCAGAGGUUCUUGUGCAAGUUGGAGUCGGAGAAGUUGCAGCUUAAACCAAAUCCCAGAUACCACCCUGUCACAUGGGCACGUACCUCUCUGUGCAGCCCUGGAUGACGAAAUCCUGUUUACACAACUCCUAUCCUGUACGACUGAGGUGACAGGAGCUCUUUAAUGCCAGCCUGUGCUUAGAUGUCCCUGAUUAUCUCAGAAACUGGGUUGUUUUUUUUUUUAUUGUUGUUCUUCAGUUUGUUUGAAUCGGGAUCCACCUAAGACCCAUAGUGGCUGGCUGGCACACCUCUUUAUGUCUCUUUUAAUCAAAAAAAGAAACAAACACGAGAAAACAGGCCAUCAGUUCUCUCUUUGAAACAAGAGUUUGUGCAUUUCUUGAAAUGGGUAACUAAUGCCCAGGCAUUUUGUUUUCCACUGUUGUUAAGGGGUUUUCUCCCUUGAUUGGCUUGUUUGCAUGAAAGCUGUUGGGUUUAACUGCCUUUCACUUGUUGGAGACCCAGGCUUUGGUCUAGGGGGUUUUCUGGCCUGUGUGGGGCCGGUUGUGUCCGUAUGGUGUCACUUUACCUGCUUCCCAGGUCCUGUUUCUGGGGACUGGCGAUUAGAUCUAGGGCCGCACUCAAAUUUGGGGUCAGGUUUUCCAGCAAGAUUUCUUUUCUGCGGUGCCGGCCUCCCUAGUGAUGAUUCUUCCAUUGUUCACUUUGCUGGAGUCUCAGAGACAACGGUCUCUGGAAUGGCAAUAGACACAGACUUCCUGACAGUCAGUCAGCAAACAUCCCAGAGUGUCUGCUGUGUGCCAGGCUUGAUGCUGGCACCAUAUGGGGACAUGGGACACUCAAGAGUGGCCAUUAGCACAUGCCAGGAGGCAGUUGGGCAUGGAAGUCUUGGGCACCAAGCCAGAAGGGCUGAAAUUCAAGUCCUUGCCCUGGGGAGCCCUUCCAUGUUUCUCAGACUCAGUAUUCCCUCCAAGGAAUAGAAAGAAAAAUGGUUCCUCCCACUGAUAAAGGAUCAUGGGUAAAAUACAGAGGUGCGCAGCACCUGGUUCAUAGUAAGCAAGUGGAGACCAUGGAGGGGUCUGUUGGGGCAUGAGCAGAAAGGCUGGUGCCCCAUCUGGGGUGGGGGUGGUCAGGGUGGGCUUCCUGGAGGAGGAGAUAAAGGAGGGAGACCUGGAGGAUGGGUAGGAGCACAGAGGGAGGGCUGUUCCUGGCAGGAGAGACCAGACCUCCCUGGAAUCCUGACAUGCUGGGAAUCCUGGCACACACACACCCCCGACCCCCAGGGUGGGCUCUACGAGGCGGUGAACGAGGUCUACAAAACCCUCAUCCCCAUCCUGGAAGCCCACCGUGACUACAAGAA